UACGAGUGGCAUCACUGACGCACACAAUCUCGGCCAUUUUGGAUAUAUUAGGAUAGAAACUGGUGGAAAAAAUAUCACAGCUGGAAUUGAAUUGAAAUAUUAAGACAGACGAUGUAUAUGUAUGGUGUGUUAUGCGUGGCGGCCAUGAUGGGUGGACUGCGAGCGUCGGCGCCGUACGGGGACGCGAGCUACACCGACUUCCUGUCGAACUUUCAGUACCUCUACAACCUGAACAAGCUCCAGGACCUCUACCCAGACGACCCUUAUAGUGACAAGCUGAGUAGUGAUUUCGUGGCGUAUCCCGACCCUCUGUCCGAGGCGUCCCCCAAGGAGGCACGGGACUACGGCGAGGCGGCACUCCGGGACCAGGAGUAUAUGAAACAGCUCCCAAUUUCCGGAUACCAGUUCAUCUCUGGUGGGACAGGGCGCGAGGAGGACCCGUCCGAGGUGAAGACAGACAAGGUUCUUCCGGCCUACUGCACCCCACCCAACCCCUGCCCCCAGGGAUAUGACGGCCCGGACAACUGUGUAAAGGUAUUCGAGAAUUCGCCCGAGAACAACCGCCGCCUGCUGGAGGGGCAAGAUUGUCCGUGUGACGCCGAACACAUGAUCACCUGUCCCCCGGGCAAGAAAACCAUCGACCCCAAGUCUGGAUUCGUCAGUGACGGCAUGAACGGAGGGGACCUGGGAUCCAUUGACUCCCUUGGCGACAUUGAUCUGACAAACGAUCCGUUUUUGAGCGCAAGCCGAAAGCGUCAAAGAUUUAUAGUAAAGAAAUCUCACGAGGUACAUAAGCGGGGUUCUGAGGGGACUUACGAGGAGAAAUUUAGAGACAUGUUCCCGUUCAUGACCGAGGAUCAGGACUUGGACUCAAAUGCCAACCCUUACAGCAUAAUAUACGGGGGCAGUGAGAAAAACGUGGUUAAAAAGUCUAGUCCCUGAUGUCCGUUCGCGUGUAUGUCUGUGUUGGUUGUUACUCAGUGAACUGUGUUGAAGAGUUGUGAUUAUUUUUGUAUAUACCAGAGUUUAUGAAUAAUAUCUAAGUUGAAGCAAUUUAAUACUAGCAAUAUUAGUCAGAGUAUAUGUGUAGUAGGUGAUAUGCUUGAAAAUUAAUUAUGCAUUUGCUGUACUCCCCGUUGAUGUAGAUUCUUUGAUAAUUUUGGCUUUGCUUUUACACCUUUAUCGUUGUUAAUUACGUUGGCCUUCUGAUAAUUGCUGUUUUAAAGAUAACAUCUGAUCUCGGAAAUAAAAAACAUCAUUUAAUAGCUAUAUGUCUAUAUGUGCCUACACAGAUAUAGAACAUUUUCUUUGUUACAAAAACAAAAUUUCAACCUUAGUUUGUUAUGUUUUACUAUAAUUUGUAAAAAUAUGAUAUGAUUUUUUUUCUCAU